GUCAUAGUCAAUUUAUGACCGGAAUUUUGCCAGUUAAUUCGCGCCUCUAAAUGUGAUCGUUUAUUUCUACAUAAAUCAGCAAAAUUAAUAAUAAAUAUGAGUUUUAAUAAAAGCAUACUACAUUCGACGCAACACACUCCUUUAAAAAGUAGUCGUGUGCGACAACUUGCAGCUAAAGACGACACUCUUAAUCUAACUCCAAUACUCAACGAAUCCUCUUAUUUCAAAACUUUAAACGAUACUAGUCUCCGACAAAUUUUAGAUGAAUCCUCAAUCGUUAUUAAUACUGGUACAGCGGGCAAUGGAUUGAGUGAAGUAUUUUUUGAAAUAAUCCAAUCGAGUCGACCUAGCGAUGUUUUGGAUACUUUGGGUAGGUUAGCUCAAGCUUGCUGUGAUUCUCUUGAGUUAGUGGAGCCAUGGAAUCGGUAUAGUGUACAAAAUUAUUGGUUAGCCGAAGAAGCAAAUACUUGGAAACUUCUUCAUUGUUUAUAUGCUGAUUCAUUGAUUGAACAGCCAGAAUCAUUUGAAAGUAUCCUCACUCAGUCAACACUAUCUCAACAAACCUUAGUUAAUGCCCUGUUUCAAAGUGACUCUGAAAUACGUCUUCUGCAGAUAUUAGUUGACUGGUUAGAAGCCACAGCUGCUCAACAAGUUGAAGUUACAAGAACAGCAGCUCCAGUUAUCGCACACAAUAUUCAUUGGGGUAAUACCCUACAUCAAUUACUUCUUGGCACAAGUUUAUUUAAUAAAGAAAGAAAUAAGAGUAUGAUUACCAAUAUGGACCCAGAUGCACCAAGACGUCAAAAUAAAACGAUACAUUCUGAUGAUAUGAAAGAUGACAGUGAUCUAUGUAAAAGAGUCUUUACAGAAGUUCGAUGUGGGAAAUUGAAUGAAGCUGUAUCACUGUGCAUAAAUGCAGGACAGGCUUGGAGAGCUGCUGUGUUGCAAGGAUGGAAGCUUCCUCAUUAUUCUCAAAUAGAAGAUUCAGAAGCUGCUAUAGAAUCAAGUGGAAACAAGUCUAGAGAUCUUUGGAAAUGGUGUGCUCUGGCUAUAGCUAAUGACACUUCUGAGAAUUUACAUUAUAGGGCAACUGUUGGUAUUCUAUGUGGCCAUUUGCAAAGAGCUCUCCCAGCUUGUCAAGGUAACUGGGAAGAUUUAUUAUGGGCCCAUUUGCGAGUUCAAAUAGAAACAAGAGUGGACAAAUUCUUACAUGAACACUAUGCAACAGCAGAAGCAAAUACUACAUCACCAGAAGUUUUAGAACUGUUACAAUUAGAGUUGCCUUCUGAUGAACAAACAUUGCAACAAAUGUUCAGUGCAGUCAAGUCAUUGUUGGAUGGUAAGAAAGAAUCCAACUAUCAAACUUGUCAAAGAUAUCUAAUGUUGGGCCAUAUCAGAUCAAUAAUGCAAGAUUCCCUACAAUGGCUUAACAGCGCUGAAGAUAGAUUUGUCAGAUUCCUUGCCCAUCUAAUAUUAAUUUUGCGUCAGAUGGGUAAAGAUCCUCAGCAUGAUAUUGGAGAUAUGAUUUUGGAAAAAUAUGUUUCUCGAUUAAUUGAUAAUUUGAUUGAAGGUGCUUGUGAAUUUCCAGAACUAAUAGCAUUCUACACAUCUACAGUGCCAACUGACAAACAAAUAAUUCUAUUUUCUGAAUUCAUGGAUAGAAUUCAUAAAAUUGAGAAUAGACCAGAUGUUGUUAAAGCUGGAUUAACUGCUGGAAUUGAUGUUGCUGCAUCUGCCAGAAUGGCUAUCAAAAAAUCCAUAACAGACAUCCAACAAGGUUAUGGAAAUGUUGAUGUCACAUUAACACAAGCAACCGCUGCCGAAAAGGAUAAAAGUUUAAUAACAAAAGUGAUAAGAUCUUUAGAAUGGCUGGCCCUUCUUUCAAAUCAAGCAGUGGAAGGAUUAUGGUUAAGCAAUGCAAUGGUUCGGACAUUUAUAUUCAUUGGAAACACUGAUGCAGCAAUAUCUUGUUUAUCAAGUGUUAAAAGUAUGUUUUCUGAUUUUAUGGGCAAAAUUAGCUCUAGUUCUUCAGAAUUAAGAGAAUAUUUAUGCCUCAAAGCAUAUUUAGAAGCUCUCGAAGGUUUUGCAACUUGGUACAGACAUUUCAUCAGUGGUCAGCCAAAAGAUGUUGAUCCAUUACCACCAGAUGCAUCGUUUUCGGAUAAAGUGCAUCAUGAACAACAAUGUGCACAUGUUGAACAGCAAAAGACAAGGUGGAAAAAUGCUGUCCUUCACCAGUCUCGGCACACUAAGACACUCCUUUACAAUGUGUUGCUAUUCCCAGGAGGAUGGCUUCAAGAUGAAAAUGACAGCACAUCAUCACCCAAUUUCACACAAGAUGAAAAAGAAGAAAGAUUAAAGCAAUUGGAUACACUUAGAAGAUUGUGCAUACCGGAAAUUAUAAUUUUGAUAUUGAAAAUUUUACAAAGUAAUGAUGAUGUUGAAAAUCACAAAGAAGCAGUCAAAUUAAGUGACUUAAUUGCAUCUGAAAAUCGUUGUUUGUACAAAGUAUUUACAAAAGCUAAGCUUCAAGAAGUAUUAGAAAGAAUCAAAGAGUCUAGUUUAAUACUUCUGGAGAAAGGAAGAGAUAUGUUUGGUUAUGAAAUAAGUGAAUAAUUUUUCAUGUUUGCAUUUUUAAUAAACUUUUUAUUUAACA